AUGUAUGGUUCAAACAGCGUUGAUGAACAAGAUUCAAAUGAGGAAAAUUACACUGUGCAUGACAGGUAGGUUUCGUUGGUAAAAAUAAUAUGCCCUUAUACAUUGCCUUGUAUUAGCUUUGACCAGCGUGCAUGUAUACCCCACAACCGUUUCAUGAGGGAUCUAUGCUCAGACAAAACUUAUGACAACUUUCCCACUGUAAACCGUAUAUUAAAUGAGGAGUUGACGGAUGUUCAAUGCACAAUUGAAGAAGUCGAAAGACACUUAAAAACGUUAAAUGUUUGUAAAGCCUCUGGACCGGACAAUAUCCCACCGCGAAUAUUAAAAGAAUGCGCCUUUCAACUAGCACCAUCAUUAGCGAACAUGUUUAAUAAAUCCUUUUCCUCGGGUAUGCUCCCCCAAGACUGGAAACUAGCUAAUAUUGCUCCAAUUCACAAAAAGAAUUCGAAAUGCAAGAGAGAAAACUACCGACAAAUCUCACUAACAUCUAUUAUAUUAUAUCUAAGAUAGCAGAAAAGAUUGUUCGGGAUAGAUCAGUUGAAUUUUGGCUCAGUCGGAAAGUAUUUAAUGAAAAUCAAUUUGGAUAUCUUAAGAACAAGUCUACGUUAUCCCAAUUAUUGUUAUGCUACAACGACUGGGCAAAGACUAGAAACGAUACAAAAGCAACCGAUGUUGUUUUUAUGGACUUCAGUAAAGCGUUUGACAGCGUGCCACACGAACGUCUGCUGUAUAAGUUGGAACAGCAUGGUAUUGGAGGGGCUUUACUGAAAUGGUUUGGAAACUUUCUUACAAAUCGUCAACAACGAGUAGUAGUUCGGGGAUCGUAUUCGAAAUGGACCAAUGUAAAAUCAGGGGUACCACAGGGAACAAUUUUAGGACCUAUUCUGUUUUUAAUUUAUAUCAACGAUCUCCCGAAUGAAAUUGUAAGUCACGUCAAGCUGUUUGCAGAUGAUACAAAAGU